AUGACUUCUUCUAUCUCGGCUUGGAUUUGGAGUGAGAGGUUUUGGCUUCCAGAAAAUGUGUCCUGGGCAGACCUGGUGCGUCCACCGCCUGGAGUGGAGUACCCCAGACUGGAGGACAUGCUAUAUGCCCUGCCUCUGUCUGUGGGUGUUUUACUACUGAGACUGCUUUUUGAGAGGCUAGUGGCCAAGCCCUGUGCCCACAUACUUCAGAUUCAGACGGGAGUGACUCGGCAAGCUCAGCCCAAUGCUGUCCUGGAGAGGCUGUAUCAGUCCAAAGCGUGUCCAGACACAAGGCAACUGGAGGGGCUCUCUAAGCAGCUGGACUGGGAUGAACGGAAAAUACAGAGGUGGUUUCGUGUCCGUAGAAACCAAGACAGACCCAGCGUGCAGACAAAGUUCUGUGAGAGCAUGUGGCGAUUCACCUUUUACUUGGUGAUUUUUGUCUAUGCCAUUUCCCAUUUGUGGGUGUCACCUUGGAUGUGGGAUACAAGACAGUGUUGGUAUAACUACCCUUUUCAGCCUCUGAGUCCUGGACAGUACACUUACUACAUUGCUGAGCUGGCUUUCUAUUUGUCUCUGAUGCUUUCCCAGUUCACAGACAUUAAACGUAAGGAUUUUAUCAUCAUGCUUGUCCACCACCUGGCUACUAUUUUGCUCAUCACCUUCUCCUAUGGCAACAACAUGCUAAGAGCUGGUACCUUGGUCAUGUGUGUGCAUGAUGCCUCUGACAUCUUCCUUGAGGCAGCUAAGCUGGCUAAUUAUGCAAAAUACCAGAAGCUAUGUGACAGCAUGUUUGUGGUGUUCAGCAUAAGCUUUUUCCUCACACGACUAGUCAUCUUUCCAUUCUGGAUUGUCUACAGUGUUCUGUUUGAGAGCUGGGAGAUUAUUGGGCCAUAUCGGGCAUGGUGGCUGUUAAAUGGGUUGCUUCUGGUCCUGCAGACUCUUCACAUCAUCUGGUUCUACCUCAUCACUCGCAUUGCUAUUAAAGCCAUUUUCAAGGGGAAGGUGACAAAGGACGAUCGCAGUGACAUAGAGAGCAGUUCAGAGGAGGAGGUUUACUCUGGUAGCGAUAAAAAUCCCAGCCAGACCCCAAAACUAAAGGACAGCAGCCACACUGGUGUUCGUAAUGGAGAAAUGCAUGACCACUGA